AUGGCUCCGCUAGCCCCAACGCCCGGCACCCAGUAUACAGUCUUUGUGCGGCUGCCAUUUCCUCGGGGCGAUUUCAUCGACCCUCCACCUCCUGACUGGAACUCUGUUAAAGACCGCGCGCUAUGGGAAAUCCUGUCGCGGCCCGCAAAGGGGGACGAUAUAGACUGGAAAGCAAUUGCCGAUGAGUUCAACGUCACGCUCUCCUUUCUUCUCCAGCAAGCAGCAUGGCUCUACGAUCGGCAGCUGUCCCAAGUCCGAGCGCAGAUGCGUAAGGUGGGAAACACGCAGGCUGCUGCGCCAUCACCGGUGCUUGGCUCAGUUUCUGGAAGCGGUGCAUUGGGAGGACAGGCCAUGAAGCGUGUCGGCAGUGGAGGUUCGCGUGUACCAUCACGAUUGUCGGCACUGCAGCGAGAAAAUCAGCCAUCACGGACAGAAAGUGCUUCAUCUACAGUUAAGCCUAAAGCGUCUUCUAUUCGAACGAGCUCUUCAAAUACUGUCAUGCAGACCCAAGCCGCCCUCGAGCAACCCAUAGAGGAUACGACUGCAGCCAAAACGCAGGAGCCGUCAGCUAGACGCCCUUCAACAAGACGGGAACGACCAACUCUAGCCGUUCUACAGAAAGCAACAAGGAUGGAAGAAAAGAGCUCACCAGAAUCCUCAGAAGAAUCAGAUUCCGAAUCCGAGUCCGAUGAAGAAAUAUCAAAUCGAAGGAUUCCAGGAGCUCGCCGGUUCGGAAAGUUCUCCAUGCACAAGCCGGGCUUGAGAGACGAUGAAGAGGAGGACGAGGAUGAAUCGCCGGCUUUCCUUCCCUUGUCUCACCAAACAGCGCCCGGCACCCAGCACAUGAAUUCAACCCUUCGUCAAGAAGCCCGGACUGCAGAAGCACAACGGAGACCACCAGCGGGACAUGUUCCGCCCCAUCGACGCGAAUUGACCAGCCUAGACAGCUCGGCCAGCUCUGGCGCAGCCGGUGGGAGCCCACGGUCCGGGCCACAGCGACCUUCAGGACCGCUCAGUCCGCGACGAGUCGCGAAUCUGGCACGUCAGGAUUCAGCUCGAACAGGCUCCGCUAAUCAGAGCAGCGAGGAAACACCAAGCAUGGGCAGCAGCUUCAGCGACUUGGACGAUGCUAGCGUCACGCAGUCGGCUCUCGAAGAAGCACUUGCUAGUAACAUGCAGCAUGGAGGCAUGACCAGUCGGAUGAGCACAAUCAGCCAAGCUCUUCGUAGUCGGUAUUUAUAA